AUGUUUAAUGAAUGUCUUAUGUUUGAGGUGCACCACGGAGGUCGGUUUAAUAGGGAAAAUGGGGUAGCCUAUGUUGGUGGGGAUGUAACAAAUUACCCUGACCUGUAUGACAAAGAUGAGCUGUCUUUUUUUGAGGUGGAGACUGUAGUUAAGUGCUAUGGGUAUAGUCCCGGUGAUCUAAUUUAUUACAGAAUACCUAACAAGAGUCUAGAUGAAGGGCUACGGCUUCUGUCUUCUGACCAUGAUGUCAUUGAAAUGGUGGGGCACCACAAUGGUCAUGGAGUAGCAGAGUUAUAUGUGGUUGGGUUUAUUUUGUAUGAUGUACCUGUAGAUUUACCUGGAGGAGAGGAAAAUGUUGAUGAGGAAUAUGAAGAAGAAUAUGAGAGAAAUACUGUAUAUAGGAGAGAUCCAUUUUGGAAUGAGGUUCUAAGAGCUUCUGUCGAAGGAGAAGAUGUAGGAGUAGAUCAAGAGUUUGUAGGAGAACCAUCACACGUAGUAGAAGAAGAUUUGGAAGCAGAAGUAGCAGUAGCUUUAGCUGCAGCUGAAGAUGAGUUUGCACAAGGUGUGGGUAAGGGUAAGGGUGUGGUUGAGGGUGAGAAUGAGCCUGUUUCCGAUGUGUCUCGGAGUGGUAUACUGAUCACUCCCGAUAAUACUAGUGGAGAUGAUGAGCCGGAUUCUUCAAAAAGGCCGUGUGUCACCAAGAGGGUGCCAUUUUCAAAAUCUGAUUUUGAGAAGCCGACUCUGCAGAAAGGUAAUACUUUUGAUAGUAUGUAUGAUUUCAGAAAAGCUAUUAAACAGGCCAAUAUAUUGAAGGGGAAGGACUUAGUUUACCAAAAGAAUUCUAAAUCAAAAGUAAUUGCAGUGUGUAGAGAGAAGAAUUGUAAAUAUAGGGUUUAUGGAAGACAGUUGAAGGGUGAAGCCACAUUCAUGUUGAUUUCACUUAGGCCCAAACAUACAUGUGCUCGGAAAUACAAGAAUCAUUUGAUUACUUCCAAGUGGAUUGCUGAGUGGUGCUUGGACAGUUUUAGAGAUCAACCGAACAUGCCUGUAGAAGUCCUGAAGAAGAAGGUGAAGAAGAAAUGGAAUGUUGAAAUCCAUCCUAGUACCCUAUAUAGGGCUAGGAAGAGGGCACAAGAGGUGAUUUAUAGGAAGUUGGGUGAGCAGUACCAUCGUCUAUGGGACUAUUGCGCGACAAUCAGAAGCACAAAUGUGGGGAGUUGUGUUAUUUUGAUGGUUGAGAGACCUAUGCUCGAAAUGCCAUGUAGAUUCCAAAGGAUGUACAUAUCCUUGGCAGCAAUGAAAAAUGGCUUCAAGGAUGGGUGUAGGCCUGUGAUAGGCCUUGAUGCGUGUUUCUUGAAGGGGGUUUACAAGGGGCAGUUAAUGGCAGCUAUUGGAAGGGAUGCCAAUAAUAACAUGUAUCCAAUAUCCAUGGCAGUUGUAGAGGCAGAGACCAAGGGUAGCUGGUCAUGGUUUCUUGAGGCACUAUUGGCUGAUCUUCGCCCCAGUGGUGUACGUAGAUGGACUUUUAUUUCAGAUAGACAACAGGGUCUUGUACCAAGUCUUAUGGAGGUGUGCCCUAACGCUGAGCAUCGGAUAUGUGUGCGGCACUUGUACGCCAAUUUUUGGAACGACGGUCACCGGGGGGUGUUACUAAAGGACUUGCUGUGGAGAGCUGCUGCAUCUUACACACAGAAUGAGUUCUAUGCUGUAAUGGAAGAGCUUAAGGGCCUUAAUCUGCCAGCCUAUGAGUACCUUUCGAAGGUUGACCCUGCAACUUGGUGUAGGGGAUGGUUCAACACAUAUGCAAAGUGUGACCUCUUACACAACAAUUUGGCCGAGUGCUUCAAUUCUUGGAUCACCAAGUUCAGAGAUAAGACCAUACUGGUAAUGUUGGAAGGCAUUAGGACAAGUUUGAUGAAAAGGUACCAGCGGAAAAAAGAAAUUAUAGCUGCGAUGGAAGGCAAUGUUGGGCCAAAAAUUAAGGAGAAGUUGGAGAUAGAAGAAGAUGAGGCUGGACAUUGUACACCAACAUUUGCUGGUGAUGGUUUAUUUGAGGUCGAGUGCAGGGGUAGAAGGUAUGCUGUGAAUUUACCUGCCAAGACAUGUGGGUGCAGAAAGUGGGAUGUUUCUGGUAUCCCAUGUGCUCAUGCCAUCUCAUCAAUAUGGCAUGGUGGAGGCAACCCUGAGGAUUAUCUGAGCCCAUACUUUGGCAAGGAGAUGUACCUAAAGGCAUACACACCCAUCAUCUACCCUGUACCUAGUAAGGAGCAGUGGGUUAGGACAAAUCAACCCAUCAUUGAACCACCUAAGGCAAGGGCAUCUUCGGGAAGACCUAAAAAACUGAGGAACAGAGGGGCUGAUGAGACCUUAAAUCCCUACACAGUUAGAAAGGGUGCUACGAAGAACCAAUGUAGGAUGUGCAAAAAAUAUGGUCACAAUACUAGAACAUGCACUGCGAGGAUGCGACAUGAUGAAAGACAAGAACGUAGGCGGAAUUUCUAUAGAAAACAUGCAGCAGAUCUUGACUGCAAUCUUGACAGGUGCCCUAUCUGUGGCCCAAUCUACUGCAUCAAUGCCAAGUGCCCCAUCCAGUGCCACAUCCAGCGCCCCAUGUGUUGGUAA